CAAUGAAUGAAUAUAGACAGAUUUCACUCGUCUAACUUGGUAUCAGAGGUCGUUCCUCCCUCCGCUUCCGCCAUGAGCUUCCGGCGCCCGCUCCGCCGCACCCGCUCCUUCGGGGACGCCGACGCACCCUUCAUCCUCCCUCCCGUCGCCCCCGGCCCCGAGCCCGCCGCACCGGCUGCUGACGCCGCCCCCGUGCCGCCUCCUGCAGUCGCGCCGGUGCCCGUCUCCCCCAACGCGCGCCUCCUUCGUCGCGCUGGCGCCGCACCUGCGGUGCCCCCUCUUCGCGCCGUCCGCCCUCACGCCGGCGCCCUGGCGCUCGCGCCCCCGCCAGCCCAGGUUCCCAUGAUCCCUGCCCCAUCCAUGCAUCACGUUAACAUCGCCUCUUUCAUCCCAUUCAAGCUUAGCCUCGACGCCAACUAUUAUUCGAAGUGGCGCCACCUGUUCUGGUUCGUCCUCUGCAAGUAUCACGUCGAGGAGCACGUUCUCGAGGACGCCGAUCCGCUCCAUGAGGACGCGGUUUGGCGCAAUGACGACAUCACGAUCGCUCUUUGGAUAUAUGCGACUAUAUCCGAUGAGCUCUACGACGUAAUCCAAUCCCCCGAGAGCACGACGUUCCAUCUCUGGCAACAGCUGGAGGUCUUCUUCCGCGACAACGCCGCCGGCCGCGCCGUCCACAUCGGCGCCGAGUUCCGGGCGACGGUCCAAGGCGACAUGACGGUGGCGCAGUAUUGCCGCCGCCUCCAGCAGCUCGCCAACGCCAUGGCCGACGUGGGUGAGCCGGUCACCGACCGGUCGCUCACACUCCAGCUCGUCCGUGGCUUGAGCAGGCGCUUCCACGUCAUGACCACCUUGUUGCCGAUGCAACAGCCGUUCCCGACGUUCGUCCAGGCUCGGUCGCGCCUCCUCUUGGAGGAAAUCGGCAUCGCUGAGCGCAAGCGCGCCGAGGGGGCGUCCGCCCUCGCCAUCGGCCACGGGGGUGGCUCCUCGUCUGGCGGCUCCUCCUCCACGGAUCGCCGCUUGCCACCGUCGCCUCAGGACAAGGGGAAGAGCCCCGCCGCCGGCAGCCCCUCCGGAGACCGUCAGCGCGGCGGGCGCGGGCGUGGCCGCGGCCGCGGUCGCGGCGCUCCCGGCGCCUCCUCGAGCUCCAACACGGGGCGCGGCGCUAGCGGGCAGCCCCAGCCCUGGAUGGGGUACUUCGCACCGUGGGGCUCGCCCGCUCCGACCCCGCAGCAGUGGCGUUCGCCGUGGGUGCCGCCCAACUCGGCGGGUGUUCUCGGGCCACGCCCGGGGGCCCAGCACCAGGCCUACCCCGUCGCCGCCGGGCCUCCCCCUGCCGCGCCCUGGGAUCCGCAGGCUAUGACGCACGCCUUCGCCAACCUCCAGAUGCAGCCGCCGCCGACCAGCAACGAGUGGUACAUGGAUACGGGUGCAACUUCCCACGUCGCCAGCUCCUCCGGACAUGGCAACGGGGAAACUCAUCAUGAGGUCCAGUAGCUCCGGAGAUCUUUACCCUUUCUUGCACAAUAAUGGCGGCUCCAUGGCACUCUCCGUUUCGAGCUCCGGCGAACUAUGGCACUUGCGGCUGGGCCAUCCUAGCCAUGUUUCCCUUUCUACUUUAAUGAACAACCUUUUAGAUUCAUGUAAUAAAUCGCAAGGUUCUUCGGUGUGUGAAUCUUGUAAAAUAGGCAAACAACCUCGACUACCGUUUCCCCAUUCCACUUCGUUUACUACAGAACCUUUUCAACUUAUUCAUUGCGAUUUGUGGACCUCACCUGUUUGUAGUUUUUCCGGCUAUCAAUAUUAUCUUGUUGUGCUUGAUGACUUUA